CCUGGGCUCCUGGCAUGUUGGCUGCCCCUCUUACUCUGCUCCCCUCACAGGGACCGUACCAGUGGGCCUACCAGACACACAAGGAUGUGCAGGAGUCCCGGGAGGCCCACCGUGAGGACCCCAAUGACAAGGGUGCCGGAGAGGAACACCAGCCAAACUCCGGACUGUGGACGGCUGACAGCCCUGAGCAUCGUCGUGAAGACCAUGUUCCACUACGAGUUCUGCCACCUGCGACACCGAGCUGGAGAGCAUUGGCCAGAGGACCGCCUGCAGCCAGGAGGUGCCCGCAUCCUGCAGGGUCUCCGCGGGGGUUACUGUGGUUGUCACCUGAACUCCAUGUCCAACACCCAGCACUGCAUCAGCACCAUGCCUGCCGCCUCCUGGAAGUGCCUACCUGCUGUGGAUGGGGACUCCCAAAGCCAAGGAGGACCGGGGCCUGAGCUCAAGCAGGAGGACCAUGAGAUCCAGGACGCCUACCUGCAGCUCUUCACCAAACUGGAUGUGUCUGUGAAGGAGAUGAAGCAAUAUGUCACUCAAAUCGACAGGCUGCCAUCCACCAUCACGGAGACCACCUCAGGUGGGUCCUGCGAUCCCCGCUUGGCCGAGGAGGCCUCGCCGCCCCCGCUCAUCAGUGAAGACAGUGAGACGGACGGGACCGACCACGGGGGCAUGAAGAAAGUGUGCGUCAAGCUGUCUGAGGAGGAUAGGGAGGACUCGGGUCACGACACCAUGAGGUACCGCGACUCCUACCUGUGGGGCUCGGUGUGGAUGGUCAGGGGCACAGCUGAGGUCCCAACUCAGAUGUCCAGACUCAGAGGACAUUUCCCAGGAGGUGGUGGGAUGGGGUGCUGUUACUAAGCCGUUUGGUUCUGGCAGGGGGUUUCUGAGCCCCACAGCACAUCCCGGAUGCCCCCUUUUGGCCCCCAAGCCCAGGCUAAUGUUUCAGGGCCUGUCCCUGGUUGACACCAUCCAUCUGUUCUGCUUUGGCUCCU